AUGCUACCACCAAAAAAACUAUCAACACAAACAAUUAUUAAACAUAAUACAAAUCCAUUUUCAAUAUCAAAUUUAAUUGCAUCAAAUAAAAAUACUGAUGAAAAUGCUGAAGAUGAUCAGAAUAAUGAUCAUUUUGACCAUCAUAAUCAUCGACAUUCACCAAUAAAUUAUUAUAAUGAUGAUGAAAAACAAGAUAAAAAUGUCGAAAUCAAUACCGAUAAUGAUGAUGUUGAUGAUGAUACGAAUGAAACAAAAAAAUCAAAUAAUAAUCAAUCGGAAAAGAAAAUCGAUAAUGAUGAAAAAUCAAAAGAAAAUGAUGAAAAAAUUGUAAAGAAAACUGGUGAUGGCCAUCAACAACGAACAAAUCCAACAAAAAAGAAGAAAAAAUAUGAAAAACCACCAUUCAGUUAUAAUGCAUUAAUUAUGAUGGCUAUUCGUCAAAGUAAAGAAAAACGUCUUACAUUGAAUGGAAUAUAUGAAUUUAUAAUGAAAAAUUUUCCAUAUUAUCGUGAUAAUAAACAAGGAUGGCAAAAUUCUAUUCGUCAUAAUUUAAGCCUAAAUAAAUGUUUUGUAAAAGUUCCACGUCAUUAUGAUGAUCCGGGUAAAGGAAAUUAUUGGAUGCUUGAUCCAUGUAGUGAUGAUGUUUUUAUUGGUGGUACUACCGGUAAAUUACGUCGUCGUAAUACAUCAACAUCACGUAAUCGUUUAGCGGCUGCAUUUCGUCGUUCAGUUGUUGCUGCAAAUGUAGCUGCCGCUGCUAAUAAUAAUCUUUAUCCUUUUAUACCGAAUGGACAUCAUCCACAUCCGCAUCCACAUCCACAUCAUCAUCCAGCUGCAGCUUUGUUUCAUAAUUCUUCAUCCGCUUCUGGUGGUCAUUUAAAUUCAACAUUACCAAAUUGGUUUAGUAAUCCAUAUAAUAUGGCUGCUGUUGCUGCCGCAGCUCAACAUCAUCAACAUCAUCAAAAUCAUUCGCAUCCAUUACGAACUGGUUUUGCACAUCCUCAUCCACCGCCACAUCCGCAGCCACAUACAACACAUCCAUUAUUUAAAAAUCUUUUACCACAAACGGCUACAAUUUCACAUCAAUCAAUCAUUCCAUCAUCAUAUAAUAUUGAUCGAUUAUCAACAUCAUCAUCUUCUACAUCAUCAUCAUCAUCAUCAUCAACAUCAUCGAUGACAACAACAACAACAACAUCACCAUUAUCAUUGGCUGAACGAUCAUCUUUAAGAUCAAAUAUUCAAUCACCAAAUAUUGCUCAACAACCACCAUUACCACCAUCAUCAAUAUCAUCUUUGCAACCUUCUACAAAUCAUCGUCAACAAAAUGGUGGAUCAAUAUUAGGUUCAACAAAUAAUCCAUUAACAUUAUUUAAUCCAUAUAGUUUAUUUAGUCAACAAGCGGCUAAUAAUUAUAAUCAUUUAUUACAAGAAAUGUAUGAAUUACAUGGUUUACAAGCAUUAAAAACAUUAGCUGCUGCUUCUACAAAUUCAUCAUCAUCAUCAUCAACGACACCUUCAACCAUUCCAAUUGGUCAUCCAACAAAUCCUCUUCAUAAUCAUCAUCAUCAUCAACAUCAGAAUCCAUUUUCAUCAUCAUUUGCAAUGGCAGCAGCAGCGGCGGCUGCUGCUGCUGCAGCUGCUGCAACCGGUUCAUUUGUAUUGGAAAAAACUAAAUCAUCACCAGCAAAAGAAUCUUCUGCAUCAUCAUCAUCAUAGAUAGAUAGUUUUUGCUUGUUUAAAUGUAAAA